AAAUCAAAAUUGUCAGUUGCAAGUCGCAUCUUCCACAGGUUAAUUUUAAUAUAUAUCAAAUAAUUAAUCUCACAUUUGUAGAAAAUUUUAGUUAUUUACAGAAAAAUAUAAUCCUGAUUAAAUAAAUAUAGUUUUAACACAAAAAGGUCUGCAAAUUCAUUUGAAAAUUACAAUGGUUAUGAAACGAGGUGCUUUAAUAGUUAUCGAAGGUGUAGACAGGGCCGGCAAGACCACGCAAUGCAAGAAGCUGGUUGAAAGUCUUUGUAGUAAAGAAGUUCCGGCUGAGUACUCCAACUUUCCCAAUAGGACUACAGAAAUUGGAAAAUUAAUCAACAGUUAUGUAUCAUCAAAAAAAGAUUUACCAAAUGAAGCUAUUCAUCUAUUAUUCUCCGCCAACCGUUGGGAGCUGGCGAAUGACUUAACAAAAAUGCUUGAGAAUGGCACCACAGUAAUUGUGGACAGGUACUGCUAUUCUGGUGUUGCCUAUUCAGCUGCCAAAGGACUUGAUGUGAACUGGUGCAAAGCACCAGAUGCCGGUUUGCCGAAGCCUGAUAAAGUAUUCUUUCUCACUAUGCCACUAGAGAAUGCCCAACAAAGGAAUGGUUUUGGAAAUGAAAGGUAUGAAGUCCUGGAUUUCCAAAAAAAGGUAGCAGAUACAUUUAUGCAACUAAAAGAAGACAACUGGGAAAUAUUAGAUGCCAGCAGGUCGAUGGAAAUAAUUCGUGAAGAGUUGCUGCAGAAAAUAAUGUCGAUAGUAGAAAAUGUUGCAAGCAAACCAAUAGAAAAAUUAUGGUUAUAAUAAUUACUGAAAUACCUAGUUAAGUAAUUUAUUUAAGAAUGUAAUAAUUUGUGAUAUCUGAAUUAAUUUUUAAGAGAAAUAAAUAACAAUAAAUAGUAUGAUGA